AUGGAACCUAAGACUGUUGGACGAAAGUCGGGUACUCCUAUUACAUACCUAGUUUUGGCAGUGGCAGCCAUAAGUUUUUUGGGAGUGUUUAUUUAUCGUAAAAUGCGACCGCCACCACAUGAUCCAGACGACGAUAAUGACAAUAUUACAGAUGGGCAACAAAAUCGUCGUAGAGCAGAACGACGUGUUAUAAGAAAUCAAGAUAGUCGAGAAUUAAAUAUUGCAACUAGAUUACUUAGAGGAGGAUCAUUACCCAAAAAAAAAACCAUGUCGAUAUCAAUGAAAAAUGUUUUACUCUGGAAUCCUUCAUCGGAUCCGGAAACUCCCAAUCACGCAUUUUUCGAAAAUGUCGUUCCCCUACUUAAUUUACUUUCUAAAUCAUACGAAAUUUAUCUCAUUUGUCCCGUAUCAAGUUUUCAAGAAAAAGAACAAAUUCUGAAUUUACUUCGACACGCUAAUUUGUUAAAACCCGGUACGAUCGAUGAACAAAGGGUAUUAUUUUGUGAAACUCAAGAAGGAAAAGUCCAUAUCAUUCGACAUAUUGAAGCAAAUAUUCAUAUCGAAGGUGGAAUAAAUGGAGAAGAAACUGUUGAGAUGGUAAGAGGAUUUGUGGGAAAUGUUAUUUGGGCUAUACAAGGUGGAAUUAAAUCUAGUGCAGAUAGAAGUCAAUGGACCAAUGUUGAAAUUUGUCAAAACAUUUGGACGAUUGAUACUCCUGUCACAACUGAUAUAAGUCCUCUGGUUGUACGUUACCCAUUAUCUAAUGAUGAAGAAGGUUUAAUGGAAGUUAUCGUUUUGGACUUAUUGAUUAUUAUAUAUACAGUAUAUUACGAAUUAGCUUUAUUAAUGGAAGUUGAAGAAGAAGAGGACUUUGAGAAA